CCGCCCUGACCCCUCCCCACCUGCAGUCUUUGCCUUCCUCAGCUCUUCUUCCCAGACAUGCUGGGCUGCUGCUGACCCCGCCAGCUCUGGCACCCUCUCCUCAGGGUGGCCGCUGCCACCCCAGCUCAGACAGAGGGCCAUGGCCUGGGAGGCCCCAUACCUGCUGCCCCUUGUCCUGCUGCUGCUCCUGGCCUCAGGCUCCUGGGAACAGCAGCCACUGCUGCUGCAGAAACUGGAAGGGGAAGAAGUCUUCGUAAGGUGCGAUUAUCCACCCCAGAAUAGUUCAAAGACGAAAACCUGGUGCAGAGUAACAUCAGCAGCAACUUGUACCUUAUUAGUCAACCAACCCAGGCUUGGCAAGGAGCCUGAAAACCCACGAUACGUCACCAGUGAUUACCCCGGACAGGGGUACUUCACCGUCAACAUGACUGCUCUGGCAGAGAAGGACUCGGGCUUGUAUUCGUGUGGACUCCAUGAAUCUUCCCGGAUCAACAUUCUCAGAACCGUCAGUCUGGCGGUCUCUCGGGCUCCAACCCCGUCCACCGCCAGGACCACCAGGACCACCGGGACCACAGCCGGGACCUUAGCCAUCAGCCCUGUCAUUGACAGCCCCCCAGGCCACAGCAAUGUCAUCCUCAGCGUGAUGGUGGUGCUCCUGCUGCUGGUGGUGCUGGCCCUCCUGGUGAUCCUGUACUUCUGGCAACGGCGACGAGCCAGGGCAGGUGAGGGCAAAGCCCAUCACAUCCAUGGCAUUUCCACCCAUGAGGAUAAGACUGUGCAUCGGACGGAUCCCCCCGCACGUCAGAGGGACUCUCAGCUUUCCUGGGGCUCCGACCAGCAGCUAGGCUCUGGCAAGGACACUGGGGACAUCCACUACGCCUCAUUUACCUGCCUGGACCCCUUCGGCCUCGAGGACCCCAUCUACAUCAACACCCGCCCCGGCCUGAGGCCCACACCUGACCCACUUCUGGCUGUGGAAUAUGCCAGCAUCGCUAAAAACUGAGCCCUGCACCCCAGCCGGCUGCCCAGGAGGAGCCCAGGAUCAGCAGGCAGAAGUCACUUCGCAGUGAGCACCUGUGUGAGGCACAGGGCUGCUCUCCCAGGGACGGGCGACUUCUUGUGGCCGAGACGGUCCCAAACCAUCAAGGGCCAUCUCUCCUGCAGAGGAGAUGAAGGGGGAGCAAAGGAGGAAAAGCAUUCUCACCCAGAGAAGAGAAGCUUCGAGUCUGAGGGUGGCGGGGCAGACGGGGACCAAGGGGUUUCUGGAUACCUGCCCACUCCCCUCUGACUGGAGAGGGCCUGGGACCCAGAGCCUCUGAGUAACCCAAUCUUCACCCCCCUCUCUGGUCUCACUUCCUUCCUGACCAGGCUAUGAAAUCCUAACGGUUAGGAAAGUUCCUCUGCUGGAGACUGUCCCUGUGAGAGCCCCUCCCAUAACUGUCCUCUCAGGGCCUCCAGGCCCGGCUGGAAAGUUCUAUCUGCCACCCCAGCUCCCCUCCUCCUUCUUGGCCUCCUGAUUCUAAUCCAUCCUCACGCACGGCCCUGCCAG